GUUUGGACACUGUUGGGAUGGACUUUAAAAAAACAAAGCAGUUCCUCCCCUCGGGCAAAUACUCAGACGGAAGUAGAACGUUAAACCUUGCAGGAAGUGGACACGUGACCUCCUUAUCAGCGCUCAAACUCACGGACAACACAGGAAGACAAGCCAACAUUUGAAAACACUGCCGCUACUUUAGAUCGGCACCAUGAAGAUCGCAUCUUUUAACAUCAGACGUCUGGGCCCGACCAAGCUGUCAGACGAAGAUAUUGUAGAAUAUCUCAUAAAGAUUUUCUCUCGAUAUGAUAUUGUCGUAAUUCUUGAAGUGGUGGACAAAUCAGGCAAAGCCAUCGAGAAGUUUCUGAGGGAGCUGAACAGCACAGGAGCUAAUAAGAAACGUCCCUUCAGUAUGAUGAGGAGCUCCAGACUGGGCCGAACUCUUUAUAAGGAACAAUUUGUCUGUUUUUUCAGAGAAGAUGAAGCUAAACUGAUUGACACUUACCAAUAUGAGGACGAUCAGGAGGGCGAUGAAGACGCAUUCUCACGAGAACCUUUCAUUCUGCGCUUCAGUUGUAAACACACAGUGCUAAAGGAUUUAGUGCUGAUUCCCGUUCACACAAAGCCAAAAGACUCUGGGAAGGAACUAGACGAACUGUACGAUGUGUUUCUGGAUGUCAAGGACAAAUGGAAGACGGAUAACGUCAUGAUCCUCGGCGACUUCAAUGCAGACGGCGCGUAUGUCUCCAAGAAAAAGAUGAAGGGCAUCAGAAUCCGCAGCGACCUAGAUUUUCAUUGGCUGAUUGGGGAUGAUGUUGACACUACGGCCAGUCGGUCCAAUGAUCACACCUACGACCGAAUCGUGGUGUAUAAAGAUGACAUGUUACAAGCUGUCGUGCCAAGAUCCGCAAAACCCUUCAACUUUCAACAAGCUUACAAGCUUUCUGAUGAAAUGGCUCUAGCCAUCAGUGAUCAUUAUCCUGUGGAGGUGACUCUGAAAAAGAAGUCGGCAGCAUCGACUUGCAGCAAACCCAAAACACAGAAACGCAAAGCAUGAUGGGACAUCAGUUUUCACUGCACGGCCUUUUAAUUUCUUUAGAAAUGACUAAACUCUUCACUCUAGUUAAGGAGAGAUGCUACCUCUUUAUUAGGAAAACCAGGAUUUAACAUUUUAUUAACGAAAAGGUAACAUUUCGUUUUCAUUUUAUUGUGAAAUUGUAAAAAAGUUUUUUUUUCCAUUUGAACUUCUCUGAAUUCCUGUUGGAAGUUUGUAAUAAAACAAAACCCAAAACAAUA